CGUCAUCGCGUCACAAGACAAAGAAGAGUAACCCACUGAUAUCCUCCAUGAGAAUCAAAUCAACCAGUGAGGACGGGAUGAGCUUUCGGAAAAUUAUGGAACUCUUUGAUUUUCUCAAUUUAAUCAGAAACCCAGCUCCGCCAUAGAUUUCCCCCCAAAAAAAAAAAAAAAAUCUCUUCCCCCAAUUCUCCCUCGCCGUCCAACUCCCUCUCCGAGCUCCCCUCCAAUGGCGGCAACUGCUUCAUUCCUCCAGUGGAACCCACUCAAAUGGAAGCAAUUCCCUCCCUCGCCGCCGCCGCCUCCGCCUACAGCAAUUUGCUCGUCCUCCAUCUCGUUCCCUCUCAGAACCGCCGCUAAUAAAUCCUCCGCCUCCAAACCUGCUUCCAGGCUCACGAUCAGUUGUUCCUUGGCGGCGAAGCAUCUGAACUCCUCCAACGACACUCAUGCCCCGGCCACCACGUCGGGCUCGAGCUUCGCGAUUGCCGAGUUCAAGAAGGAGAAGAAGAGUGCGUUCGAGAGACUCUGCAACGCCGCCCUGAAGGCCCUGCAGGCGAUGAAGAAGCCAGCGAUCGCCGCGAUUCUGGUCGCCGCGCUGCUGAUGUACGACCCCGCCUCCGCUUUCGCUGCCUCUGGUGGAAGGAUGGGCGGCAGAUCCUUCUCCCGCUCCUCUUCCUCGUCGUCGAGGAGUUACUCCGUGCCUCACGGCUCGAGCUCGGGGUUUUCCUACUCCGCGCCUUACUACGGCCCGUCCCCGUUGGGCGGUGGGGGAAUUUACGCUGGCUCGGUAGUCGCCGGUGCUGGCUCUGGUUUGCUUCUAAUUGUAGCUGGUUUCGCUGCCUUUGUGUUGGUCUCCGGGUUUCUUUCCGAUGGGAAUGAAGGGGGAAUUCUAACAGCUACCGAGAAAACCAGCGUUAUCAAGCUUCAGGUUGGCUUGUUAGGAAUGGCACGCUCUCUUCAGAGGGAUCUUAAUAAGAUUGCAGAAGUUGCAGAUACAUCCUCCUCAAAGGGUCUAAGCUAUGUCUUAACAGAGACUUCACUCUCUUUGCUUCGGCAUCCUGAUUAUUGCAUCUCAGCCUAUUCAGCUGUAGAUGUGAAGCGAAGUAUGGAGGAAGGUGAGAAACGGUUCAACCAACUUUCUAUUGAAGAGCGGGGAAAGUUUGAUGAAGAGACGCUUGUUAAUGUGAACAGCAUUAAGAGGCAGAGCACCAAAAGCCGGAGAGCAAGCGAGUUUAGCAAUGAAUACAUAGUGAUAACAAUCUUGGUGGCAGCUGAUGGGGUGCACAAGCUACCCGCCAUUAACAGUGUUGGAGACCUAAAGAAAGCUCUGCAGAAGCUCGCAACAAUUCCCUCUGACAGUAUACUCGCAGUUGAGGUGCUGUGGACGCCUCAAAAUGAUAACGACACGCUGUCGGAACGAGAACUGCUGCAAGAUUACUCGCUGUUGAGACCUUUAUGAGAGAGCUCUAAAUGAUAUAUACACGCCCAAAGCUCUAGUGGUUGUCUUGUCUCCCCUGUUGAAGGUGCAGGUUUUUUUCUGGCAAAUGGCACACUGUAUUGUCCUGAAACUUGUAAAUAAGGAUAUAAUUCUGUUUGUACAUGAUAUACUUUACUAUAUGAUAUGAAUUUGCAUACAGUUUUUUUCCUGCUAUCUUCCCGUUGCUAGUCUGUAACAACAUCGACAAUUGGAAGGAAAAAAAACCAAUCAAAGAUCCUAAGAUAAUUGUCUCUGGCAAUGAACAAAUUGAUCCUUGAGAUGUAGUAUUGAAUCGUUCCAAUCGUUCUAAAAUCAUAGGUGCAAAGAACGGUUGACUAUAUAAUCCACCAGAAACCAAAAGUUACACUUCCCUUCUUCCUUCCUUUUCUAUGGUUUGGUAAUUGUUACCCAUCAGGUUUCCAAACAGUGGCAACUCCACUCUCUGAGGGCUCUUCUUAUAGUUUUGGCUUUGGGCUAGAAGGUGUUUUAUCCCUUGCCCAUAAGGGAGGGAUGAUCCUAUAUUUCACUGGCUCUUCCUCUUUCUUCACCUCUUCUCCUUCUUCCUUUACAACAUCCUUUGAGAAUGCACCAGGAUUCACCUUGAUACAAUUCUGCAGGGCCACAAAUGGCCGCACGCAAUCCGAUCCCUGCGGAACAAGGUACAAAUGUGACACAAUCCGCCAUCUGAUUCAGUAACACACUUACUCAUAGCUCAUGGGAAGAGAAGUAAAUUCAGCCUCACAAGGACGAGGAUACCGUUUUCUCUGGUUAGCAAAAUGAUUCACCUUUUCUUCAGCAGUGCUCUUGAGAAAACACAGGAAAGCAUCCGAAAAUUGAACCCCGCAUUCGCCAUUUCGCAGUUCACUUAUGCAGGGGCAGUCGAGUGCCUUCUCGGCCUUGGAAUCUUGAGACUGCCAAUAUAGAGAAAACAAAAAGAUAAAUCCCUCAGUAGUUCACGCUCACCAUCUCUACAGAGGAGAAGCCCGUGGGAAUCUGGAGGGUUGCAAACCGACCUCAUUCACGGCAGCAGAAUCACCAAAGGCAGCAGCUUCUGCCCAAGCAAACGGAAAAGCAAAUACAAUCAGGACACUUGGAAAUCAUCUUGAACAAAAACCAAGAAUAGUCUCAAUCAUUUUCUUCAUCCUUCUGUCUGAAGCUCGAAUCAGUCAAAAUUCCCCAUUUGUUCACUCAAAUAAAUACGAGAGGAAUAUGCAUUAUUCAUUGGACAGAAAUGUCUACUGCCAUUGAAGAAGUCGAAGAGCACCCAAAUUGGACACUAGCAACGUCUUUACAAAACGAAAUAGUCACAAAUGAUCACUGCCAUUGAUGUUGAAUAGCAUCCUAAUUGGACUGUAACCCAAAGCCGUAUGGUUGCAAAGAAGAAUCAAAUAGUGGAAGCUACGGGGAGCUGAUAUUGGAGUUUACUAUUAUCAAAUUAAACGCUGCAGGAGAGGAAAAGGUUGCGAACAGGUCACCUGCAACGAGAGAUUCCAUGGAAGUAGGAGGAGACG